AUGGAGAUAGUGGAAACUAUACAGAAUUUAAACGAAUAUUGGGGUCCACCAUCACUGAACUGGUUCGAUUAUUUCGUUGAUGGUCAGAAGUUAUCAAAGUUACUUAAUGAACCGGGCCAUAAAGAGACUGUCGGUGAGCUGGCUCUACAGUUUGCUGAGCAAGUUGCAUUUACGCAGAAGGAAGCUGAAGUAAUGAUAACUAAGGCAUUUCCUAGCGAAGACGUUCAAUUCACGCAUAGAAAAGCUGCCUGUCUUCUUUUAUGUGCUAUCGCAUGCUUUGCUUAUGUAGAUUGGGAUAUAGAGUAUUUAAUAGACAAAUACAAUGAGAUUCUAUCUGUGCGGAUACUGGUAGAAAAUUUUCUUGGUCUUUGUCGUACAUCCGAGAAUCCAUCAGAUGUGGUGUUUGCUGAGUGGCUAUUCGCUCGAUGGGCUAUGUCCAUCGAUCGUCGUUUUCGAAUACCACCACCUCCUGCAAAGCAAACUGUUAAUAAUCCGCUUUUGGUGCCAGAUCUUCAUCUUACAAAACAUGAGAAUAUUCGGAAAAUGGUGGUCGACACACGCACAUGGCUUCCUCAGGCGAUAGCGUCACUAGAGAAGUACAUAGCGGAGCCAUCUGAUUUGGUUGUUCCCAAAAUGCAAUGCUUUUUAUCGCCAUUUCUUGAGAAAGGAGGAAUGUCGCUUAGUGUAGGCAUCAUUGGUAGCAACGUGCUGUGCCAGUGGGCACCAAGCCCCGAUCUUUCUCUGGCAGUCACGAAAAUCCCUGCUGCAGAUGUGGUCAGCGUGAGUCGCUUUGAUCUUCUUCAAUUUCAUUUUGCCAAUGGUGCUGUUGACCUCGCACAAGAGUUGCUCAAAUUGAUGACCCUACCAUCGACGCAACUACCUCUUUUCUGCGUCGACAAUAAACUUCUUCAUGGCUACUAUCUAGCGCUCAAUGUACCAUCUCCACUGCCACCAGUUCCAACUACAGUCAAAGAGUUCCUACCUGACCAGAAGCUGCUCACAGACGAUUCCUCCGUUUUCCGUCGUUCGAGGAUGUGGAGGCUUCGUGCAACUAAAAGAACGUCUGGUCAGCUACAGGUAGCCUUUCGAUCGGAAAAUGCAGCUAAAGAUGUGAUUGAAGGGAUAGCUACUUGCUUCCGUCAACGUUUGACUGAGAAAGUUGUUCAGCAGCGAUUUAUAAAGUCCCUACAACGUCAAUUGUCGUCUGUUCGUGAUCCAGUGAAGCGAAGACGAAUAGAUGCGUUGCUGCUCUUUCUUUGUGCAACGGUGGUUGGAAUGCGAGAAGAGCUGUUACGAUGUGGAUGGGAUACCCCGUCAAGACUUCGAGUACUGGCCAGUCAAGCGCCCAGAACUGUCACACCUCCGCUUAAAGCGCAGAUUGUAAAAUUAAUAGUCGCAAGUGACAAUCCAUUUUGGACAGUGGUCACCUCGUUCAAUGCUGUUGAACUUAAACAAGCAAUGAGUAAGAUGGAGCGAUUUGUGAGACCAUUUAUGUUCACAAUGCCUGAAAUGCUAGCAGAAUUCGUACUGAUCACACGUCCUAUCAACGAGUUGCAUGCUGUUCUUCUAGCAAAACUUAAUCAACUUGCUGAAAUGAGGAAUCGCACCGAAUGGGAUGCACAAUGUAGUAUCUAUUGGGCUGAGUUUGGCCUUCCAGUUCAAAGCAGCCAGAUGGUUAUGUUAACAGAGAUUCCUAUCUAUAACAACAACUAUGGCGCAAUUGCUCGCGGCAUAUCUAAUGAGCUCAGCUCCUGGAAAAGAUGCUAGCCAACUUCGUAAAGUCUGUGACACUCUUAAUGCGCAUAUUACACCAAUGUUUGAUCAACCAAAUCGAAAUGGCCGACGUGACGUGAAUCGUGGAAGAGAUCGAGAUGAACGGGAUCGAGCAGCUAAUGUCAUCGAGCUGUGGAGGUUCCUACGACUCAUUCGGAAUGAGUCUCUACUAUCCCUUCUGAUCACCUACUUCGGCUACCUCUUCAAUCGUGCCCUUCUAGCUAAGAAAAGGCCUCAUUUACGCAUGUCGCUUCCGCUUGGCGAGAUUUUUGGGCAUGAAUCCGAGCUGAACCACCUGAAUAUUUUGGCCGUUCAAGAAAUGCUGGAAAUGUUCUUCCAAAAUGCUUUUGCCAUUAAUCCUACUUAUUCCUUAUGGUUACGGUCAGCUGCAGAUUUUCGAUACGGUAG